AUCCAGCUCCUUCUGCGCUUCGGCGCUGAUCCGAACAAACGGUGCCACGGCGGCAAGACGGCGCUGCACCAUGCAACUAUGGACGAGGUGUAUGAGGUCGCCAAACUGCUAACCGAGAACGGGGCACAACUCGACGCUAAGGACGAGGUACGGGGGUCGCCGCUACACCACUGCAUCCAGUCGUCGAGUCUUCAGGUCGCGAAUCUGCUCUUACAGCACGGCACGCAGCUCCGCGUGGCCGACAAUGGCGGCGUUACCGCACUUGAGCUCGUCAUACGCACCGAAGACAUCAACAUGCUA